AUGAUGAGAUUUAAAACAGGAAAGUGCUUGAUAAAAACGUAUACCCGACGAUCUUUAUCAACAACCUCAAAUUUGAGGGAUGUUUUUAUUGUCAGUGCUACUAGAACUCCAAUUGGUUCUUUUGGUGGAUCAUUGAAGAGUCUUUCUGCUACUAAACUGGGUGCUAUAGCUAUACAGGCUGCUGUUGAGCGAUCUGGAAUUUCAAAAGAUGAAAUUCAGGAAGUUUUUAUGGGAAAUGUAUGUCAAGGUGGUGUUGGACAAGCGCCAGCAAGACAAGCAACAAUAUUUGCUGGAUUACCUAAAUCAACUAUAUGUACAACAAUAAAUAAAGUCUGUGCUUCCGGAAUGAAGGCUGUCAUGCUGGCUUCUCAGAGUCUUAUAUGUGGCCAUCAACAAAUUGUAGUUGCCGGUGGCAUGGAAUCUAUGUCUAAUGUACCAUUUUAUCUAGCUAGAGGAGAAACAAAAUAUGGCGGUGUGAAUUUAUCUGACGGAAUUGUGUUUGAUGGCUUAACUGAUGUAUACAAUAAAGUUCACAUGGGCAGUUGUGCUGAAAAUACAGCUAAACAAUGUGGCAUAAGUAGAAUACAGCAAGAUGAUUUUGCUUUAAGCAGUUACAAAAAAAGUGCUGAAGCUUGGAAACAAGGACACUUUGCUCAAGAAAUUGUUCCUGUCAAUGUUCCUCAAAAAAGAGGUAAACCUGAUAUUGUUGUGUCGGAAGAUGAAGAAUUUAAAAGAAUAGAUUUUGAAAAGUUUAAAAAAUUAAAUACGGUUUUUCAAAAAGAAAAUGGAACUGUUACUGCUGGAAAUGCAUCAACGAUUAAUGAUGGAGCUGCAGCUUUAGUUUUGACAAAUGAAAAUGUUGUAAAAGAAUUAAAUUUGAAACCUUUAGCUAGAGUAGUUGCAUUUCAAGAUGGUGCUACCGACCCUAUUGAUUUUCCGAUUGCUCCAGCAUUUGCAAUACCCAAAUUGUUAAGCAAAAGUGGUAUAUCGAAAGAUGACAUUGCAUUAUGGGAAAUAAAUGAAGCUUUCAGUGUAGUGGUUUUAGCUAAUAUAAUGAAAUUAGAUCUCGAUCCAUCUAAAAUUAAUGUACAUGGUGGAGCUGUUAGCUUAGGUCAUCCAAUAGGGAUGUCUGGUGCCAGGAUUGUGGUGCACUUGGCUCAUGCAUUAAAACCAGGACAAAAGGGUGUAGCUUCUAUUUGUAAUGGUGGUGGUGGAGCAUCAUCAAUUCUAAUUGAACGAUUAUAA